ACGGGUUUCGAUUCUCACUCUAUCUUCUUCUGCAGCUCACUCCUUCGUGCAAACCAACCUCCCAUAUUCAUGCGGCCACUAUUUAGCCAGAAAGUUCCUGGAAGCAUGGUAUCUGGAGAUACAGAUUUACAGGAUCUGGGCAACACUGAAGGAUCCUCCUCAAGAGGUGGAAAGAAGAAUGUUAAGAAGGGGAAAAAGGUUAGCGCUUCAGUUUUGGGAAGGAAGAAGGUUAAGAAAAUGCAGAUGAUGCAGAAUAAAAUGCAAAAAGUGCAGUGGUCAAAUCUGCCUGAAGACCUGCUCAUACGAAUUGCGGAUGGUCUAGGACUGAUUGAUUUUCUGUGUUUCCGUGGUGUUUGCAAAGAUUGGCACAAUGCUUCUUCAAAAGCUAAGCAUAAAUGUUCUGGAGCUGAUCCUUGGUUUCUUCUGUAUGAUGAUGGGGAAGGUUCUCAGUGUUCCCUGCUAAGCAACCAAGAUAAAAUCUACACCAUCAACAUCCCGGAACUAGAUGGGGCAACUUGCCUUGCAUCCAAUGAAGGAUGGCUUCUUGUCUUUCGACAUGGUUCAAUGUUCUUCUUUUGCCCCUUUUCCAGAGCAAAAAUAGAGCUUCCAAGCUGUCCUUUCACAGAAUUAUCUGACCAUAUUGCGGCAUUUUCAUCUGUUCCCACUUCUCAAGAUUGCACUCUUGUUGUGAUUAGUCGAAGCAAUGAUUAUGAAUUAGAACUCUACUUGCUUUGCAGGGGGAAUAGCAUAUGGGCCAAGCACAAUUUUUCUUGCAAUGGAUUCAGUUUGCAUACAAUAACUUUUGCUGCCUUUGGUCAAGGGAAAUUUCAUUUUUUUGAUAGAUUUGAUGGUUUAGUUACCUUUGAUGCUAAUACCCAAGUAUGGAGGACUCGUGCGAUAGUUCAAUGCUGGUAUAAAUUUACCGUGGGUGAAUUGAGGUAUGAAAUGCAAAGAAACAUGUUGAAGUAUAUGGAUGUAAAGAGUAAACUGGGACUAGAGGCAAAUGUUUCAAUUUCUACAUGCGGAACGCUAAUGACAGGCUCUAGUGGUGAAUAUGGCUUUGCAAUUCAAGGUGAAAACAUUCAUGGAUAUACAAAAUAUUUUCUCUUGGGAAGUCGAGGUGCAAUCACUUUUGUAAAUACAAAAACUGAAAUCCGUCACGUUAAAGGGGUGUGGAUCCAACCAAGUUACCUUAAUAUACCUCCAGACCAAAGCUGGUAAUUUGUUGGGGGUUUCACUUUUUUAUCUAGUUAUCAUUUUGCUGACUCUUCCAUGGGUUUGUUUAUUUAAUUUAAACUUUGGGAUUUUACUUUUUGAUCUAUAGAUCAAGACUAUUUUAUGCUCAAGGA